UCAGCUCUCCGCCGUCAGAGUGGAAACUCGCGUCAAGUCAGUGUUGAGUGUUCACAAUUUUACAGCCUCUGGAUUUUGACGUGUGACAGGACACUGCAACCAAAACAGUUGCAGUUUGAUAGUGCAUAAAAAUAAAGACGAUUGGUAAUGAAACAGUGAUAAAAAUGGCAGAAAGUAAAGGUGCGUUAAUAGCGAAAACAGUGCAAAAACACGCCGGACGGGCAAAGGAAAAGUUAUUGCAAAAUUUGGGCAAAGUAGACCGGACACUCGAUGACAUAUUUGAGGAGCAUCUCCAGAACUUCAACCGGCAGCACCAGCAGGCCGUGCGGCUUCAGAAGGAAUUCAAUAAUUAUAUAAGAUGCAUACGAGCGGUGCAAACAGCGUCCAAAUCGCUAAUGGAGGCGAUCACAGAGGUUUACGAGAGUGGGUGGUCCGGCCACGACCUGCUGUACGUGCAGGCGCAGAACAUGGAGAUGCUCUGGCAGGACUUCUCGCACAAGCUCGGCGACCAGGUGCUGAUACCGCUCAACACGUACACCAACCAGUUUCCUGAAGUCAGGAAAAAGAUAGAAAAACGAGGUCGCAAGUUAGUGGACUAUGACAGUCAGAGGCAUAGUUUCCAGAACUUGCAGUCCAACGCGGCCAAGAGAAGGGAUGACGUCAAGGUGACAAAAGGCAAGGAACACCUGGAGGAAGCGAAGCGCACAUACGAAAUCCUGAACUCGGAACUACACGAUGAACUGCCCGCACUCUACGACUCUCGCGUACUAUUCUUCGUCAACAAUCUGCAGACUCUGUUCUCCGCUGAGCAACUGUUCCACUCGGAAAGUUCUAAGGUGUUCUCCGAACUGGAAGCGAUCACGGACAAACUAGCGAUGGACUCUCAGCGCGGCGGCUACAAGAAGACCAACAACGUCGUAAAGAGCAACACGCUCAACUCGCACAAUGGGAACGCGGUGCAGAGGUCGACAGCGGACACGGUAAAUAACGUGGAAGAUAAAGCACAGGAUGAGGACAAGGAUAAAGAGAAAGUCAACAACGUGAAGACCGAUGAUGUGUAUGAUAUACCAGUUGGGGCGACGCUGGCGGGGCUGCCGGCGGGCGCGCUGUACCGCGUGCGCGCGACGUACCGCUACACGCGCGAGGACAGCGACGAGCUGUCGUUCGACGUGGGCGACGUCAUCCGCGUCGUGCAGUACGACGAUCCCGAUGAACAGGAGGAGGGCUGGCUAAUGGGUAUCAAGGAAUCAACAAACGAGAAAGGAAUGUUCCCGGCGAACUUCACGCGGCCGAUUUGAACGCUAACAACGACACGCAACCACCUUCACUUGAUACAAGGAUCUAUGUAACGCAGCGGAAUGUUAAACGAUAUUGGUAUGUUUUACAAUGGAAUAAGGCUCAUUUUUGCGUGUAUGGAUUUAAGUAUUAACCGGCCAUUUGCAUUCACGUCUGUAUUAUGAAAACAAAUAUGCAGCGUGUUCCAAAACAGUAUUCAUGGGCUGCGGAAUGACAUGCAAAAAUGAACUUUAAGCUAAACAGUGAAAUAUCAAACUCUUGUUGUAUUGAAAUAUUUAUUGAAAAAUGUACUUUAUAUUGUGAGACAUAAGUUUCUUUAUUGUAAAUUUACGAUAAAAUCGAUAUCUCGAAAUAUGUUCGAAUUUUAAACAUUUUAUCACAACCGAAAAUGACUCUUAUGCUUGUAAAUAAACAUUUUAAAAUCCUCUGAAGUAUUUGUAACAUUCGAAGUGCUGCGUCACAAGGUCCCUUGUCGAACUCAAGUUUAGUCGUUUUUCAACAAAGCCCCUAUUUUUGUUAACUCCCAAAUUUAGUGUUUAGCUGUUGAGAUUUAUUAGAUAUAUAUUAUUUAUUAUCGGUGUUGUACUACAACGAAUUAUUUAUUAUAACGAGUGUAUAUACGGGCAUCUUUUGAAUAUCAUUACGGUGUAAUCGAUUUUGUAUGCCAUAAAAUAUAUUUCCUUUGUAACACGUGUUAAAUAAUAUCGAACAAUUUUAUUUUAUAGAAUGUUUCAACUAUCAACAUAUCGUCAUUUUUUGGAUU